AUGAAAAUCGUUCCUUUACGUUCGUUUCUAUUGGCGUAUGUCCUGAUAUUCUUUAGCUUUACUACUGGAACUGGAUCGGAAUUUUGUCCUAACAAUUGCAAAUGUAGCGAUACAGAAAUUAAAUGCUCUAACUUGAUAGCACCUUCAUUUUCUAUCCCAACGGGAAUAAAAUCCUUGUUAUUUGAACAAAGGAUACCUUGUGACUGUAAGUAUUUAUUUCCUCUUCUGUGGGCUGCCAGACUAAAAAAUGUAACGGUAGAUGGCUACUGUAGUACGCCUUCACGCUUUAGAAACUAUCACCUGGAUCGUAUGUUCGAUUAUUUAUUAUGUGAUAACAACUUAAAAGCAGGUUUCAAGCUAUCUUCAGUCUAUGAAUUUCACCUUAAACCGAAGCAUUCUGCAGUUUGUUCUUUCGAUAAUGGCUUGUGCGGCUGGCAACAACUGGCUAAUAUCGAUUUCUUCGACUGGAAAUAUCAUCAUAGUGUUGGCUCUCAAUCAGUGAAUGCAUACCAAGAAGGAAUUGGUAAAAAAUCGUAA